AUGGUCAACUUAGGACUAAUAAGUAAGCACUACGAGCUACGAGAGAAGAUUCUGGAUCUACUCCGUGAAGACCAAGAGAGAAAGAAUAUUAUAAAGUUGUCCAUAUUACGACUAGCGAUACUAAAGCAAGGUGAAAUAACGCGGACCAAGAAGCUGGGGAAAGGAAGCCCUACGAAAGCUGCUGUCAAAUCACCGACAAAGGACUAUGAGAUUGAACUUAAUAAGCUAAAGCAGGAAUAUUCUACGAAGCUGAAAUUACAUGACGCCAAACUUCAAUCGUUAAAACAGGAAAAUGAACGAUUGAAGGCUCAAGUUAAAAAGUUGAAUUACGAUAGUUCAUCGUCGAGUUCAAGCAUUUUUCAAACAAGAAAAAGGGUGCUUCCAAGUCACCGUUCGAUAUUCAGCCCCGAAAAGUUUGGUUCCACUACAAACAAGACAAGUGUAAUUCGACAUGCGUUUCCCACUAUAUUUGAUGAUGAACUAAUCACCCCGAUCAAAAAAAUUCCCGAGACUAAACUUGUCAGUAAAUUGAUGAAAUCUGCAUCCUCCAUGUCACCUACAAAGGAUGCAAGAUCACAAGAUUCUCGAUUAUUGGCUGAUGACUUUGCAAUUCCCAAUGCUACUUCUUCACCCACAGGAAGCUCCAAAUUUAGAUCGCCGACAAAAUUCAUGGAAAAUUUUGACAAUGAAGGCAAGAAUUAUGAUCAACUGACUCGCAGGCGAAGUCUGUCUCCCGAAUUCACUCCUAAUAGGAGAAGAAGAGUUCUUCGAAGUACAGACUCUUCUGUUCCCUAUGAGGAGAAAAGUGAGAAUUCGCAGCUGGAAAGAAAUGGCAGCAAUUCUGUAGAGCACUCGGGAUCACCCAUCAAAGGUGAAAGAAGAAUCAAAAAAGUGAAAAAGAGAAAGAUACUUGAUGUUCCUAGUAUGGAACUGAGUGGAAAGUUAAAGACUGUAUUUCCCGAAGUUGACGAUGGUAAUCUCAAUACACUUGCAAAAUAUGAGGAUGCACAUUUUGAGGAAAAUGAAGAAGUUCUAGAGACCUCGAGUAGGUCUUUGAAGAGAAAAUUGGAUCUCGAUGAACAAAUCUUGGAUCCUGAACCUCCAAAGAAACGACGUAACGUAUUUACAAUCGACUAA